AUGGCUGGUGAACCCCAGCAAAAGCGGCGCAGGCUCCCUUUCAAGCCUCCAAGCCGCACCUCAAGCGCUGGACCAUCGGCGAUGCCAUCAGCCGCCAAAGAGAAGGGCAAAGCCAAGGAAAGCACCAAACCCACAUCUAAAGCUACAUCAACAUCAACAUCCAAAAUCCAGCCCACAAGCUCCUCUUCCAAGGCCACAUCCAGCAAACGACCCCAUGAUGAUACACUGAGCGCAUUACCCGCAACCCCAUCCGACUUUGCGUCCGAUUCCGAGUCCGAAACACCAGUCGGCGAACGCGAGCGGCCCCUCUCCGAAGAACCGGAUUACAUGCUCGCAGAAAUCACACACCGAACACCACAAGAGAACAUUGCGAUCGGAACCCCACAAAUUCAUUCCAAGCUGUUGACGGCCCUAUUCCAUCAUUUCUUCAAAAAUGAAAAGACUCGCAUUUCGAAGGACGCCGAUGCUCUGAUGGCGAAGUAUAUGGAUCUAUUUGUGAGAGAAGCCAUUGCGCGUGGAAAGUUGGAGAGGGAUCUGGUUAAUGAGAGCAAGGGGACAACGGGCCCUGCGGAUAACUUUAUUGAGGUCGAGGACCUGGAGACUUUAGCACCGUGGCUUGUCAUGGAUUUCUAG